AAGCGAUGUGUGUCAUUUACUCGAAGUCUCGAGCAAGUUGGAUCAUUCAAAGAUAUCGUCCACAUCAUUUCUAUGCUCAGAACUACACGCUCGUUGCUCUUAAGAGACCGUUUAAUAGCUUUGAUCCGGUCGUUACUUAAAGUCGAGAUCAAUGCAAGGAAGUUCAUUGAUGUGGGGGGGAUCGACUUAUAUGUAGAGCUUCUCACAUUAGUCCAUUUACACUCAGACCAUGCUAUUAUCCCAUUACAAACGAACUUGUUGACAGCUGGUGUUGCCAGUGGUGAAUGGUUUUAUGCUGAGAUGUUUGAAGAGAAGAAAGUGAAGAAAGGCCCUGUAUCUAUCGACCAAUUAAAAGUCCUUGUAAUGAACAAAACUCUCGACGAAGACAUUUUGGUCUGGGCACAAGGAAUGGAAGAUUGGAAACCGUUAAAAGAUGUGACGGUCUUGAAAUGGGCAAUUUUACAAGAAGAUACCGGAGUCCUAACUCCUUUACUCUUCUGUCAAGAGAUCAUAGGGACUCUUGAAGAGUUAGUUACUAUGUAUCCUUCUCGAGAUAUGAAUGGUAUCUUACUCCGACCAAUUCCACGUGCAAAACGACUCUUAAGUUCACCGCGACACUUACCACACGUCGUUCAGUUGUUACUUACGGCGUGUCCACAGAUCAUAGACACGUCAGCUCGACUCCUUAAAAAUUUAUUAGAAGACAACCCACCGGCACAACCAAAAUUCUACUUGACGGGAGCGUUCUUAUUCUCAUUAAUGUAUGCCGGGAGUAACAUUAAAGAGAUCGCAAAGUUACUUGCAGCAACACACAGACAACAGCGAGUGGGGGAUGCAGUCGAGUUAUCUGCACUCAAGAGUAUGUUGCCGGGGUCACUCAUCACCGUGAUCGACAGAUCGCCGGACGAGUUUGCCGCGCGCUUUGUCGGCGAAGUCGCGACGCCCGAAAUCCGCUGGGGAAGUUCGAUGAGGAAUUACUUGAUCGACACUAUAGCUCAGCACUUGGGCGACUUCCCCAGUCGACUUGGGAGUAACCCGCUAGCGGUGUAUUCCUUUGUCCCAAUAGCACCACUUGUAUAUGAAGAGCUUAAAGGCGAGUUGUACUGUGGGAAGAUAUACCUCAAUCAAUUAUGUGACGUCGAGAAGUAUCCCGACUUUGUCAUUUCAGACCCCGUCGGCUUGUUACAAUCGAUCUUAAGGACUUGGGUUGAACUUGCGGAAGAGCCACAGAAGAUGUCUACAAGUGAAGCGUGCAAAGUGCUUGGGAUAGAGAACCCGGACGACAAAUCGAAGCUGCGAAAGGCGUACUUUAAAUUAGCGCAGAAGUACCAUCCUGAUAGGAAUCCGGAAGGGCGAGAGAUGUUUGAGAAGGUGAACGAGGCGUACAAUCAACUUGUCGAAAGUGGACCUGACGAAUCAAGUAACAAAAUUGCUAUUAUAUUGCAGUCGCAGUGCAUAUUAUACUCAAGAUGUAUUGAAGACUUAUCACCAUAUAAAUACGCGGGAUACGGACUCUUAAUACCUUGUUUGAAGGACGCAGACUUGAUGAGUCGCAGUCUCGAGUUGAUCUACUUGACCAUCAGAAGCUCAACACUGAACGUACAAGAACUUGGAAGACUUGGUGGCAUGAAAGGGUUACUUACUAUAUUAGAUGUCCUCUGUACCGAAAUCAAAGACGACAAAGUGAAUGACAUAAGAUACAUUUUAAGAGCGUGUGCGGUCGCAUCUAAGUACGAAGAGACUAUUACGGAGAUCAAGAAAGACACUGGGAUGCUAGGGAACUUGAAAAAGUGUUUGUCGUCUGAAAAUUUGGCGUUAGUAGAAGCUUCAUUAGAGUGUGUGACGUGCUACUCGACUUGUGAUGAGUCUAUACGCAAGGACAUGUAUGCCAAGAACUUCUUGGGGAUCUUAGUCCAUCGAGUGAUGGGGUAUGACCCAACACUUGAGGAUCAAAGUGAACAGACGGACCAACAAAGUAUUCACCAGAUGAAGAAUGCGAUAGCGGGGAUGUCUUUGUUAGCUCUCAAAGCUUUAGUCAAGAUCGAAGAGAACAAUGAAGAGACUCAAGGCGUCUUUGCACUGUUUACACCACAAGUGGGGAUGAAGAUGAGGACUAAACCCGUCACUGAAGUCCUGCGAAUUAUUAACUCGACGACACAAACACCUUAUCUCUUGUGGACAAAUAAGAUGAGAAGCGAAUUAGUCGAUUACGUUGACGCGCAUUUAUCUGGGACCCUCGAGUGGCAACCCAAAGAGUAUGCGUUGUACAAGUUCCCGUCUUUGGAGAAGGAGUUAGUCAUCACGUCGAUCUAUGUGAGGAUAUUUAAUGAGCAAAUUCGAACGUGUGAGAAGUUAGUGGACCCCAUGAUCUUCUUAAGAGGGUUGGUGACACGAAAAGACCUCCAAGGCGAAUGGCUGAAACAGCAGUGUCAAGCUAUUGCAAACGUCUUUGAGCAGUACGACAUCGCAGUCCAGUUCUGUGAGAAUUCCGAGUUGUUAGAAGCCCUCUUUAGUAUGUUAAAAGAAGACCCAGAGGAUCUUGCAGUGCAAGAAGCGUUAUUAAGAAGCGUCAAAAGACUUGUGAGUAACUCGUCCUGUGUCGAGGUCAUCGCAAACUCGAAAGUCUUACCCAAAUUCCUUGUCUUGUUAUACCCAAGUGGACUCCUCACUCAAAUCAUCCCACUCGCUCAAACCGUCUUUUCUAUUAUGAUUGGUCUCCAACAAGGCAUCUUAAGAGGCGGCUUACUUUAUUUAAUGAAUCACUUUGUCAACGGAACGGACUUGGACCAAAGAGUCUUAGUCUCCCAGUUAAUGGGAAAGAUGUCGACGACGCCUUCCGUGGGGCCUAAAGUGACACUUUCCCUUGGUAAAUUCUUCCCAGCUGCUAUUGUGAAUGCGAUUAAAAUGGAUGCGAGAGGCGCAGUAUUACUUUUGGACUCGACAGCGGAGACCGCCGAGUUAAUAUGGAACCCGGAAAUGAAACGAGACGUCGGACAAUUCAUUAAUAAAAUGGCCGUCGCGUUCCAUACGAAAUGUCAGAGCGAUCCGUCUGUUAAAUGGCAAGUCCCAGACUCAUUCUCGUUUGCUUAUAAGGAACUUAAAGACGAAAUUUACAUUGGCGGAGUCUUCAUUCGCAUACUCAACAAGAACCCUAGCUCACCAUUGAAUAACCCUAAUCUGUUCACCGACGGACUCUUCGCAAAGUACUUUGAAGCGCGUCGGGAUGGGAAGGUCGAUGAUAUGAAAAUGCUUGCGACCACAGCGGCAGUGUUUUAUACUAACCAACCGCAGAACUUGGAGUAUGUAGCUGGUGCGGGACAUCUCUCGAAAGUGAUUGAAGCGCUUCAGAUGACGCCGGAUGAGACUCUCUUCAUCAUCUUACAAGUGUUGGUGACGAAUAAAAAGUGUAAAGAAAACUUGUUGGAUAACAACGCCGUUCCUUUGACCGCAAUGUGUCUCACAAAAGUUGUCGAACAUAACAAUUUGGUGGCAGAUGUCUUUAGAUCGUUAACAGCAAGUUACAAUUGCAGAGGAGUCUUAUGCUUUGUCCCACGGCUGUGUAAUGCUGCAGUGCAAAAGAACAUCUUUAGUGUGUUGGACGGAUCUCUCGACGAGAAAAUGGGAACAACAUCACCAGAGAUCAAAGCAAUGGUCGUCGACGCUGUACAAAACGCUUUAACAGACUACGACCACUCUACCGAACUCAACGAAAUCUUGAACCAAAACCCUAUUUGGAAAUUGUAUUCAACACAAAAGCAUGGCCUCUUUUUGUCAGGAGCUUCGUCUAUUGCUGGAUAUAUUGCUGGUCCUACAUCGUCUGGCGCCGUUGGGUUACUUACAGCAGCAGAAGACUCUUCCGUCAAAAGACCCGACGCUCCUCCUGAUUUGCAAUAA